AUGGCUGGGAUCAAGUGUGUCGUGUUUUUGGUGGUCCUGACAUUUCAGUGGACUUUUGUAAAAGCAGAUACUGAGGUGUCCUGCAUUUUCAUGGAGAGAUGCAUGUUGCCGUGCAGCUAUGGUGGCAGUGAUGUAGUCAUCCACUGGCAACAGGUAUCAGCAAGAGACAUUACUGUCCACUCAUUCUACCACAACAAAGAUCAGCUGGAACAUCAGAACCAGCACUUCAGAGGCAGGACAUCACUGUUCAAUGACCGGAUCUCCACAGGAAACGCCUCACUGCAGCUGACAAAGGUGGAGGUUCAGGAUGAAGGCAAAUACAAGUGCUACACCAGCACUGACAGAGGAAACCAAGAAUCAUUUAUUAACCUAAAGAUAGAUGCUCCUGUCCGUAAAGUCAACAUUCAGCAGGUAGGAAACAUCAUCACCUGCAGCUCAGAGGGGAUCUACCCUGAGCCUGAACUCACCUGGUCCCCCAGCCCUUCAUCCAAGAACAUCACAGUCCAGCUGACUGAACAGCUUCUUUACAACAUCAGCAGUUCUUUAAUUGUUUCAGACAGUGAGACCGAUCAGGACCACAGCUGCACAAUCAGCACUCCCAGAAACAGAAAGAGAGCAACUUUAUUUAAAGCAGUUAUUCUUGUUUGGUCAAACACUGACAAACAAACAACCAUCCCCUGCCCUCCCUCUGACACUUCCUUCUCAUACCUCAUUUGGAGAUUCAACCACAGUCAGACCGUUGUGACCAGAAGUGGAGCUGACAUCUCCUACACAGUCUAUGCAGGGUGGGAGCAGCAUGUGAAGCAUGUCUCAGAGUCAGGCAGCCUCACAUUACAGAACCUUACUGCAAAUCAUGAGGGGAUAUACACAUGUGAACUCAGAGAUGCUGAGGAGUCGAAAGUAUCUGAGAGCGUUAUGAUGAUGAUGACAAACGGAGCACCAAAGGACCCUAAUCUGAAGCAUUCAACCCACGUGGGAGUCAUCAUAGUGGCGGUUCUUUGCUGUGCAUUAGCAUGCCUGAUACUGUACUGCAAAUACAGAAGGUCAACAUCUGACACCAACCAGCCAAUUCCCAACGAAGGGAGUGUGUCAGGCAGCAAUUCCAAUUAAGACAAGUGGAAACAAAAAACCUCCCUAACAUCUGCCCUGGACAUAAAGAAAUAAACGGCUUUCAGAAGCUUUUAAUGAAUUCCAGAGCAAACAUUUUAUCUUCCAGCUCCUAAGGACAGAUUGGUUCCUGUUUCUUUGUGACCUCAGGAAGGCAAAAACAGACCAGUUGGAAACUAAAAUAAUUUUGUCUCUCAUACAACAAACAACGAAGCAGGAACUUCCAUAGAUGAAUAAUUACAAAUCAGUGAUUCUGAGCUGUUACUGACACAUACUGCCAACAACACAAACUGUGAGGCUCGGUUCUUCCCAUUUUCUACACCACAAAAAGAGAUUUUUUCACUAGCAGACUCCGGCUCAUGACAUACAGCAUGAUUUUCUCUCUCCCCCUCUCAUGUCCUCAUGCAGACUUGCAAAACCAACUUACUGUUUAUUUUAAAAUUUAACCUACAUAUUCAAUAUCCAUCCCUGCUGUUUCCUGGAUUGUGAAGCUUGAACAAUAAAGAAGAAGGAAAAAGGGGCAGCUCGAUUUUUCUGUGCAAAAAGCAAAUGAAAAACUUGAGUUUAGUAACAAACUCGUAGUUAUUUAUGUUUUUCUUUUUUGUAACUAUGGUGCAAGGAAAUAGAAAUUACACUUGAAAUGUAUUUCAUGUAUCUGCGUGUAGCUCAUCCUAUUGUGCAGGUCUACAAUCUUGUUCUUGACGUUCUUCUUCUUCUUUGUUUUUUUCCGUGAUGGUGGAGAUGUUGGAAGAUUCUGUGGGUUUGUAAUUGAGUGAGCCCCAAAACAGGAAGAGAUUGGUUGAUAGUUUUUUUUUUUUAUUUGUUUAUUUUCUUUCUUUUUUAAAAACAAGAUGUAGAUAAAAUAUUUAUUUAAUAUAAGUUUAACACUUAUCCAGCUAAGCAUUUUAAUGCAAAGGAAUAAAAAAGGAUGGGUUGGGCAAAAUACAAACCAAGUACAGAAACCUGAAACAUCUGGACAGCAGGAUGUCACAUUGUAAUGUGAUUCAUGUGAACACAUAUUAGAUUGUCUGGUCUCUCUGUACAUCUUGUAAUUAUAAACUCAAUAUGCAGCUCUUUUGAUCUGCUCUUCAAAGAGUUUUAACAAUAAUGUAAAUUGUUGGUUAUGCAAGUGGUUUAUUGUGAUGUUUCAAAACAGAAAAGCAUGAAAAAGAAUUAUAUCAAUUAUAUCUCCUUUUUUGCUUACUGGUUAUAUUUUCUUUA